GCAGUAACGUGACAUUUUUUACUAGUGUUCCUUUUCAGAUAAUUUUGAGGAGACUGUUACAGUGAAACUGCAUCGGGAGUGUGGCAUUCAUCACUUAGGGAGUCGUCAUCUGAGGACACGGAGCUCGCAAGCUAAUGCAGGGUAAAACGAUAAGCUCUUAUUCAUGGCUGAUAUUCCCAGUGUUACGAAGUCGAAAAGAAAGGUUCCGAUGGAUGCUGCCCCCUUUGAACCAUCCAUCUCGGUUGUUGGCUGACAGAGAAUUUCAGCUCGACACACCCAGUUUCUGAAAGCCACUUAAUGUGAACAAAAAUGAAUGGUAUAUUACAGUUAAAUACAAAAAUUUCGUUCCGGCUUGUCUUCUGUAGCUCCAACGUCGAAUACCUACAGUUCGGUACACGUUGACAUGUGCUGGAGGACUAAGGAGAUGGAUGUUUGCACAUUUGAUUGUUUGGAAAUGCUAAGGGCUAUGUGGGCAAGCCAGUCACACUUGGAAUCACGUGUCGCUGAAAUUGAGGCUACGCUCUCACGACUCAAAGUGGCCGACAGCAUUGACCAGCACGUCUCCUGUGUGAAUUCUGUUGAAGUCUUCAGACGAAACUGUCCGACGAGGAACACCGUCGUAGUUUGUCCGCCAACCCUGGCACUUUAGUUGACUCCAGUGUCCAAAGCUCCUUUGGUCGCAUCAUGAAUAUUUUGUUGGAUCUAGCAUCUAACGCAUGAGCAGCUACUAAUGAAAAGUGGCAAUUCAAAGACACUGGGACCUGUAACCUUGUAAUCUAUCACAGCCAACUAUUAAAAGAAGAAGAGAGCAGAUGCAGAAAGUACACGGAUCAAUGUUUCUGUUGAUUUACAUUGUGUUUGAUAUAAUAAUAUUAAUUUUAUUUUCAUAUAAACAUAAAUUUACAUGAAAAUGCAUGCCAUUUUUACAGGC